AUGUGGGUAGCCCUGCUGCCGCUGCCGCUGCGGCUGCUGCUGCUGGAUCCGUUGCUGCCUGCGAUCGCUGUUGCUGUUUUGGGUGGUGAUUGCGGGGUGGCGAUGAUGUCGGUGCUGCUGCUGCUGCUGCUGCUGCUGCUGCUGAAUGAGAAGAUGGGAAGUGAGCAGCGACAGGAUCUCGAUGAGUGGAUCAAGGAGCCUCCUCGCAUUGAGGUCUUGACCAAGGGCGACCCCGUGCCCAAGAAGUACAAGCAAGCCAUGACGGGGCUUCAGGCCGAAGGCAUCAUCGAGAAGGCGCUCUUCGUCUGUGGUGCAGAGGGAUCAUGGCCGAGCCCCGAGGCGCAUGUAGCCGCAGCACUUACCGAGCAGUGGAACGACGCGGCCAAUGUCUUCUGCGUGUCGCCACGAACAGUUGUGGCUUACAAGUGGUGCACGCGGACGAAAGCCCAUCUCGAGGACAACGGCGUGGAUGUCUUGGAGCUCGACGGGGUUGAGCUCAUGAAGGGCCGCGGAGGAGCACGCUGCAUGACCUUUCCCGUGCGGCGAAGUCUCUCGCUGGAAAGCUGA